AUUUGGUAUUGAAUAAUUCUGGAUAUGGGUUUUGAGCUUUUGACUUGGACAAAGUCAGUUUUAAUCUUUUUUCAUGUUCCUUUCUGUAAUUUCUUUAGGGUGGUUGGCAUUGGAUAAUAAUUAAUAAUUAAUUACUUAUAAAUAAAGAAAGAAUUAUCAUUAGUUUGCCUACUUUGUUUUUACUGAUUAUUUCGAGCGCUUUUAAAUUACUAAUUGGCAAUAGAAAUUUGUUGUGUAUGUUGAUUGUUGAGAGGAGAAAGUAGGGAAAAAUAGGCAACCUGGAGUUAUGAAUUCAGGCAUAUUGGUGUAUUUGCUGCUUUUAUUCUCAUGUUGUUGUGUUGUAAUAGCAAAAACAGAUCCUGCUGACCUGGAUGCUUUGAGAUCUGUCAAGAAACAAUGGCAAAAGACACCACCCAAUUGGGUCAAAGGUGAUCCAUGUGGUCGGAAAUGGGAGGGUAUUUACUGUAAUGAUUCACGUGUGAUUAGCAUUAUACUACCCGGCAUAAAUUUAGCAGGUCCUUUUCCUGAAGAUAUCUUGUCAUUAUCUGAACUACAGACUUUGGAUCUAUCGAACAAUAGAGGUCUGACAGGCCCUCUUCCGUCAAAUAUUGGGUAUCUGCAAAAUUUAGUACACCUUGUACUUGUGGGCUGUAAUUUCUCUGGCCCGAUUCCAGAGUCUAUUGUAACUCUUCGGAAACUUACUCAUUUGUUUCUGAAUAUGAAUCACUUCAGUGGAAACAUACCACGUUCUGUUGGUAACCUCACAAAUCUCGUCUGGCUUGAUCUUAGUGAAAACCAGCUUGAUGGAACAUUACCAGUUUCCAACACGACUACAAGUGGCCUGGAUAAGCUUCUUAAGGCCAAGCACUUUCAUCUUGGACGUAAUAAGUUCUCAGGUGAAAUUCCACGUGAACUUUUCAGCUCAGGGAUGUCUCUGAUACAUGUCAUUUUAAAUGAAAACCAGCUCAAUGGAAGUAUUCCAGAAACAUUGGGGCUUGUACGGAAUUUAACAGUAAUUCGUUUGGACAGGAACUCCUUGAGUGGUUCUGUGCCCCAAAAUUUGAGUAUGCUCACUAAUGUGAGUGAGCUCUACUUGGCAAACAACAAUUUGAGUGGGCCAAUCCCUGACCUAACAAGAAUGACUCUCCUUACAUUUGUAGACUUGAGUAAUAAUAAGUUUGAUGCAGCGUCUGUUCCUCAGUGGGUUGAGGAGUUACCAAAUUUAACUACAUUAUUGAUGGCAAACACUAGUCUUGAAGGGAAUAUAUCAUCAACCCUGUUCAACUUACCUCAAAUACAGACUUUGGUACUAAAUAAUAACCAGCUAAAUGGCACUGUAGAAAUUCCAGCUAAUGUCAGCAUGAAUCUCCGCCAUUUGGAUUUGCGGAAUAAUUCCAUAGAUGGCUUUAGUUCCGGAGUAUACAACAAGAGCAUUCUGCUUGAUGAAAAUCCUUUUUGUCUGAGGCCAGAAGCUGAAGGAAACUGCACUACUGUCCAGCCUUCAAAAUAUUUAAACUUUAUACCACUACUUAAAUGUUCUCCUCCAACUUGUUUUUCAGACCCAAUACUUCCAUCUGAUUGCAAACGUCCUUACCUUGGUAACCUGGUAUUCAGAUCAUUCAACUUUUCUGAUCUGGCAAACAUGCGCUACUACGACUUUCUAAGAGACACUUUGCAACCUCUUCUAUCACCCCAAGUUUCAAUAGAUAGAGUGUGUUUGGUGAGUUCAAUGAUAGAUACAAACGGGUACCUUGUAUUGAACAUAUCAUUCUUUCCUCCUGGUGAUGAGUACUUCAAUCGAACAGGAAUAUCUUUAGUUGGGAAUGUCCUCAACAAUCAUGUUUUUGACUCGCCAUAUGGACCAUAUUACUAUAUUGAUAAGCCUUAUACCUUUCCAGGACGAACCAGGAACACUGCUCUUAUUAUAGGAGUAACAGUGAGUGGCUUUGUGCUUUUGGUGCUAACAAUUGCUGCUGGAGUUUAUGCCUAUCGUCAAAUGAAAAUAGCCCAGAGAGCUGCUAAAUUAAACAAUCCUUUCUUAUCCUGGAACAAAGGUAACAUUCCUCAAGUGAAGGGAGCCAGAUGGUUCUCAUUUGAAGAUGUUAGACAGUGCACCAGUGAUUUUUCUUCUGAAAGUGAGAUUGGAGUUGGGGGUUAUGGGAAGGUUUACAAGGGGAAACUUGGCACUGGAGAACUUGUAGCGAUCAAAAGAGCUCAGAAGGGAUCAAUGCAGGGGGCAUUGGAGUUCAAAACUGAGAUUGAACUCUUAUCAAGGGUUCACCACAAGAAUGUUGUCAAUCUAGUUGGCUUCUGUUAUGAUAAAGGUGAACAGAUGCUGAUUUAUGAAUAUGUUCCAAAUGGGAGCUUGAGGGCAGCUCUUUCAGGGAAAUCUGGAGUCCGGUUAGAUUGGACACGCAGGCUAAAUAUUGCCCUAGGUGCAGCUAGAGGUCUGGCAUACUUGCAUGAGCUUGCUGACCCACCCAUCAUACACAGGGACAUUAAAUCAGACAAUAUCCUGCUGACUGAUCACUUGAAUGCGAAAGUGGCAGAUUUUGGUCUGUCAAUACCUUUCAGUGAUGAUAAGGGUCAGGUGGCCACCCAAGUUAAAGGAACUCUGGGGUACUUGGAUCCAGAAUACUAUAUGACCCAAAUAUUAACUGAGAAGAGUGAUAUCUAUAGUUUUGGAGUAGUGAUGCUGGAGCUUGUUACUGGAAAGUUGCCAUUGGAGAAACACACAUACAUUGUCAGAGUAGUAAGGGAUUCAUUGAAGGAGACUGGGAGCGUAUACAACCUUGUGGACCCUGCCCUUCGUUCAGACAUUCUGAUUGACACGGAUGAAUUUGUGAAUCUUGCUAUGAAGUGUCUUCAAGAUACGGGAGAUGAGCGACCUUCAAUGAAUGAAGUGGUGAAAGAGAUCGAGAGUAUAAUUGAAGCAAGUAAUAUGAACUACGAUGUUGAAUCAACUACCACCUCUGCCAGCUUUGAUGUAACAAGAGAUAGUGGUUAUCCUUAUAACAGCUAUGGCUCCAUGGAUAGCAGAAUGAGCAGCCCGUUUAUAAAAUGAGAGAAUUCUCUGUACAAAUUCUCUAUCUGUUCUCUGCUUCACUCUGAUUGAUCUUUGUGUUGGAGUGUAGUAGACUUUUCUGACUACAUUAUUUUUUUUGAAUUUUGAUAGGUUAUUAUUGUGUACAUAAAAUGAGGUGGUACUGUUUUAUUUGUACAUAUAUACAUAUACAUACACAAUAAAGCAGCAUUUAUAGGACUUAUAGUGCA